CCAAGCAAAACCAUAGUGUUAAUUUCCCAAAAGAAAUUUGGAGUUUAUUUAUUUAUUUCCAGUUAACUGAACUAAGCAGGUAGCAGUGACCAAAAGAAUAUGGAAUUGAAGAAGAAGGAUCUGUUAUUGGACUUUCUAGUGGCUUUGAGUUUGAUUGGAAUGCUUUUUUCCUUUGUUGAAGCAAAGGUUCAUUACUAUGAUUUUGUUUUGGAAGAGAAAAAUUUUACAAGAUUGUGUAGCACAAAAUCUGCUUUGGUUGUCAAUGGAAGCCUUCCAGGGCCUACAGUUUAUGUCAGCAAGGGUGAUAUCAUGUAUGUUAAUGUUCACAAUAGAGGAGGUUAUAAAGUCACCAUUCACUGGCAUGGAGUGAAGCAACCCAGAAAUCCAUGGUCUGAUGGUCCUGAGUACAUUACACAAUGUGGAAUUCAACCUGGUACGAACUUCACUUAUGAGGUGAUAUUCUCUGAUGAGGUAGGCACUCUUUGGUGGCAUGCUCAUAGUGACUGGACAAGAAAUACUGUCCACGGAGCCAUUGUCAUUCAUCCUGAAGAUGGAGCCUCCUACCCUUUUCCCACUCCUGAUGGUGAAGAAGUUCUUGUAUUGGGCUCAUGGUAUACUUACGAUGUAAAUUUAGCGGUCGAACAAGACCUUGCAUAUGGGGAUGAUUUACCUCUAUCAGAUGCUUAUCUCAUAAAUGGCCAACCAGGAGACUUCUGCAAUUGCUCUAAAGAAUCAACACACCGUUGGCAAGUUGAGUCAGGAAAGACCUAUCUUGUUCGUUUAGUAAACGCAAUCAUGAAUGCGGAAGUAUUCUUUGCAAUCGCUGGACAUAAUAUAACAGUUGUGGGAACAGAUGCAGCAUAUAUAAAACCAAUUGUAACAAGCUAUAUCCAGAUAGGUCCAGGACAGACUAUGGACUUCUUGCUGACCACAAACCAGUCUCCUAGCCAGUAUUACGUUGCUGCCAGACAAUUUUAUACAGACAAAGUAAUCUUCACUGAGUAUAACAAAGUAAAUGUUACUGCAAUUCUUGAAUAUAAAGGCAACUACACUCCUCCAGCAGCUCCUCUUUUCCCAUCCAGCACCCUUCCUACUUACACAGAUAUCGAUGCUGGAUUUUUAUUCAGAAAUAAGUUAAGGAGCCUUUAUGAUCAGGAUGUCCCAAAAAAUAUUACUACUAGUAUGUAUGUCGUAGCUUCACAGAACCAGUUCUUUAUGAACCGAUCAGGCGACGUUAUUAUCUCUCUUGCUGCAAGCUUAAGCAAUAUCAGUUGGGUAAAUCCGAAAACAGAUGUCCUUCAGGCCUACUACUACAAUAUAAGCGGUUUCUUCACUGAAGAUUUCCCAGACAUGCCGCCAAAUUUCUAUGAUUUCACUGCAGAAGGUUUACCUACUAAUACCACACAGUCAUUGAUGGGGACCAAAGUUAAGGUGCUGGAAUAUGGAGAGGAGGUGGAGAUGGUCUUUCAAAAUGCUAAUGUAUUGAAUGCAUCAGAGGAUCAUCCAAUGCAUCUCCAUGGGCAUAGCUUUUAUGUUGUUGGAGCAGGAGCUGGAAAUUUUGACUUCAAAGAGGACCCCAAAACGUACAACUUGGUUGAUCCGCCAUCCGUCAAUACUGCUACACUUCCAAAGAUUGGUUGGCUCACUGUUAGAUUUCGAGCACUAAAUCCCGGAGUUUGGCUAUGGCAUUGUCACUUAGAUCGUCAUCUGAGUUGGGGUAUGAACACUGUGUUGUUAGUCAAAAAUGGUGGCACUCCUGAGACAUCUAUCCGCGAACCACCACCAAAUAUGCCUAUUUGUGAUGAUGCACCAGAACUUAGACUUUUUAAAUCCGACUUUUCAGCACCAGAUAUGCUAGGGAAGUAAGAGAGUUACUCUAGAAAAACUAGGAAUUAAUAAUACUCUAUGGUUCUGUUUACUUUAAGAAACUACUAAUGUUUUGCAUUGUAAAUAUGAAAUAUUUUUAGAUA